AUGAAUUGCUCUAACAUGAUAGACUCAGUGUACAUGAAAUACUCAGUGUGUAAUUUUGAUAUUUAAAAAUGCGGAUACAAUACAAACAUCAUCAAGGCUGAAAAAAAAAUGCUUAGUAUUAAGUCUAAUGACAGUAAAUCAUUUGGUAAUGUCUGUUCUUAUAAAAUAUCACAGGCUGAUGGAGAGAUAACAGUAAUUAGAAUAGUUAACGCAACUAAUGUCAAAGUAUAAGCUUCUGUGGGAGGUGAUUCAUUUACAAGUGAAGUAUCCCAAUCUGAGGAUAUAGUAAGAAUAGGUUCCCUAAAAUAUCAAUUGCAAUAAGAUGAGUAUCUAUACCUAAACUUGAUCAUGCUAAAUGGAACAUAUGAAUUAAAUAUAUAUACAAUUGGGCAUGAGCAAUAUAUGGAUAAAAUGAAAAUGAUGCUUAUCAUAUUCUACUGUUCAACCUUUGGGAUUCUUUUGUUCCUUUUUAUGACCUAAAAAUGCAGAAUAGUCUAGGAAAUUCACAAUAGAGAAAUAGAAGAGUAUAGACAGAGAAAAAAUCUUUACAAAGAGUUUGAAACUGAAGAAAUAUUCAGUAGGAAUCAAGCAGCAUAUGAAUAGAGAAGAUUAAGAGAAUAGGAUGAGUUGAUGAAAGAUUUAAGAGAUCUGUCAAAAGGAAAUUAGAAGAAAUUUGACUAAUACGAGACCAAAGAUAAUCUAUUCACCAGUAUUUCACCUGAAAAAUAGGUUUAUUAACCGAAACUAGAAACAAGCACUCUGUCUAAUCUUAAUGAGAAUAAUCUACCUAGAAAUCAUGCCUUAUUUGAUAAUUUAGUGUCUCUAAAUAAUGAUCUACAAGGCCUCAAUUAUCUUGGACCUUCAUUUAAUCAAUAUAAUAACCAGUAAAAGCAAAGAUCUCAAAUAGUAGAUGAUAACUUGAAUAGGUAAAGCUAGAGCGAAUGGAAUAAUAUCAAGAUAUAUAAUAAUAACAUUGUAUCUCCAAUUUAAAGGACGAAUUAUGAUUUGCAAGGAGGACCAAGUUUUUCAUAGUCUUUAAGAGAUAAUCAGCUAGCAGAUGCAAAUAUUAUAAAGCCGAUAGGGAAUAGAAUAAAUGAUACUCUUAGCAUGAGAGUUGAUGAUUAUGAACAAAAUAUUCCUAUCUACAGAAAAAGGCUAGAUAGAAAUCAAAGAUAAUGA